GAGAUUGUUCUGAGUCGGAAUUCGAAUGUCACGAUGGUACGUGCAUACCAUUAGACCAGAAAUGUGAUCGUGUAUUUGAUUGCUUUGAUGACAGUGAUGAAGCAGAUUGUCCUAUAGUAACGUGCGGCACAGAUGAGUGGACGUGUAACAGUUUGCACUGUAUUCCAAUGGCAGCCUUUUGUAAUGGUGUAAGGGAUUGUUACGACGAUAGCGAUGAACCCAAUAAUGUCGAUUGCAGAUAUCCACUUCAACAAUGUUCUGAUGAAGAGUUCCGAUGUUACGAUGGACAAUGUAUCAAGCGCUCUAAAAGAUGUUACAAGUUGUCAUCACAGACUGCAUGUUCUAAGGGUGAACAUUUGACUAACUGUGAUGAUU